AUUCAAGUGGUGGUUUAUGUCGCUGUAAUUGUUGCGCUGUCCGCAAUGCAGGUGCUGUUUAUGAUCCUGCUCAUUCUCACGUGUAUGUGUUGAUGUGAUUUGGCCAAUGAGAUGCUGCCACGAUAAACAUUGUGUUUUUUUAUUCUCGCGUUUGUUAUCAUAAUUGUUGUUUCUGCAAUAAAUGCUUUUAAUAGUAAUACAACUGUGGUAAAUAACUUAAUAAUACAAAUAUUUGUAUCAACCUGCUGUUGUUGCCAGCACAGUACAGUGCAUCAUAUGUCAUCAUACAAGCUUACAUCAUACACUAUGUAGUGGGUGUGACACUAGGGCUGGUCCUCUCCAGAGCACUACAUGUUGGUUGUACGGUAUUUGCCUAUAAAGUGACCAGGAUGUAGCCAAUGUUUAAUCUCCUAUAACGCUGCAGUUCAUAGAUUAUUAAUGCAAGGGAGAGAUAGAGAAUUUUGAGGGCAGCUGUUACGAGUGUGAGGACGACACAAGAGAUAGUAUAUGUGGGAGGAAGAAACAGUUGCGUCUUAAUGUCAGGGGGAUUCUUUGUGUCUCAUGGAGCAGGGCGGGGGAGGCCUCACCCACUGACUUGAAGGGACUAACAUCAGUCAGAACAGAGCAAAUGUCAACGUAAUGUCUACCAGCACACAAAUAGCUCCUAAACAGGAAUGAGGGAGUUUUUAUGUUUGCUGUGGAAGAUUUCUAAAGGAUGGUCAAUGCUUCCGAUGCAUUCAUUUACGGUGUCCUGAGCUACUGUGUGUGUGAUUGAGCGAGUGAGGUUAUUUAUACAUGUGUGUGUGACCGUAUCUCAUCACCAUGGCCUCGGCGAGUGUGACCUUGGAGAAUCAACUCCACAGUGCGCAGAAGAACCUGCUGUUCCUGCAGCAAGACCAUGCCAACACGCUCAAGGGUCUUCACGACGAGAUCCGUCGCCUGCAACAGCACUGCACAGAUCUCACAUAUGAGCUGACAAUGAGGAGGUCUGAUGCAGGCGACGAUGGUGAGGCCCGCUGCAGAGAACUGCACCAGCGCUGUGAGGAACUGGAGGCUCAGCUGAAGGCUAAAGAGCAGGAAAACACAGAGCUCCUGCGGGACCUGGAACAGAAGAACGCCAUGAUCUCAGUGCUGGAGAACACCAUCCGUGAGCGAGAGAAAAAGUACCUGGAUGAGCUGAAGCUGAAAAGCCAUAAGUUGGCCGUGCUGUCUGGAGAGCUGGAGCAGAGAGCCAGCACCAUCGCCUACCUCACGUCCCAGCUCCACGCUACCAAAAAGCGCCUACUCGCCGGGGGCGCGUCAGGCUUGAGCCCCUCCGUCAGCCCUGUUGGCUCUUUCAAACCAACCCCUCCACCUGCUCCUGCGGCAACUGGAAACGAAAAGGACAUCCGCCAGCCCGACACCCCUCGCAGGCGCAUGCGCAAAAGUCUUUCGCAGCCACUGCACUCCGAAUACACAGAGCUGUAUCGAUUGGGUGCCACAGACGGCCGCAGGCUGGUACUGAGAGAUUCAGUCGAUUCCAUGCCAGAUCCCACACCCUUCCUGCAGGCCAGAGAGCCAGCCGCCCACGCAGAGUCGCAACCAGUGGUUCGAGAACGCCCUGCUGUAAUCCCGCCCAUUGCUUCUUCGGCCACACACCCUGCAUCAUCCAGCCCCUCCCACAUCCCCAUGCCCCCAAGCCCUAGAAAUAGUCCUGCACGGGAGGUGCCCCAUGCUAACGCGCAUAUAGGAGUAGCACAUCGGAUCCACCACUCACCCUCAGCCGGUGGAGGUGCAGCCCGGCCACAGGCGGAGGUGGAGACCCUCGCCGUGGACCAGGUCAAUGGGGAGCAGGUGGUCCGCAAACGCUCGGGGACGGACAGGACUGUUUAAGACUCAUGCACGCAUUUAAACAUCUCCGAACACAGAUAGAAGUAUAUAAUAAAUAUAGGCGUGUUAAGACCAAUGCAGUAUAUGCAGAACUGUUUAUGACUGUGAAAACAUACAAACGGCUCAAAUCAUCAAUGUACCUCUGACAAAAACACACCUGUUAUUACGCUACAGAUGUAAAACAAAUAACUAACCAAUACAACAGCACAGCACAACCCCCGGAGACGUGAACAACACACUGGAACUGUUAAGACUGUUAUUGGAAAUUUCGAGCGAAUAUGAAUGUGUUUUUAAGAGAAAGAUGGAGAGUGCGGUAAGAGCUACUGUACGUCCUGCUUUUGCUGCUUUUUAUGCAACAAUGUAAAAACAGACUUUUGUUCACGAUUGGUUUGAUAUCUUAUUUCUCUCAUCUCAGUCGAGGAGAACUGUGAGCAUGCCAAAUGUUUUUUUUUUCUCGUGCCCACCUGAGCAUCUUCGUUGCACUUUGUAUUGUUCGUUUCUGUUUGUCUUUGAUGUCCCAUUCAGUUUGACUCCAGAUGCAAAACGCGUAUAUUGCCAAACUCGUCAUUGCCUGCUGAUUUAAUAUGCUGGGAUGCAUAUUCAUAUCUACUCAUAUUUAUUCAUGAGCACUGCAGUGGUACUGAAAUCUCCUUGAGCUCUCCUCGCGCUCUCGCUCGCAUAUCUACAGGCUAAUGUGAAGAGUCUCGAUGCUCCUUAUUAAACACCUACUGAAAUCAAAGAACAAACGUCUCAGUCACUUGUGUUUCUCUUGCUUUUGUUA